GGGGCGGGCCCGCCCAGCUGUCAGUUACGGGGGUGGCCCGGCGGGCGGGCGGGCGCGCGGGCGCUCGCAGGCUCCUCUUGGUUGCUGGCUCACGCUCGCGGUCUCUCGCCGCCUGUGGGAAGUUGGGUCGCCCUCGCGGCUGCCGUCACUGCCUCGCCCCGGACCUCCUCCCAGCCCUCAAGCCCUCGUCCAGAGAAGCCCGCAUAGGGCGCCCAGAGUCCUCGCGGCGGUGCCGGCUGCUGGCCAAGCCAUGUUCAGGAGGAUUUUGCAGAGGACUCCUGGGAGAGUUGGCUCUCAAGGUUCUGAUUUAGAUUCAUCAGCAACACCUAUAAACACAGUGGAUGUUAAUAAUGAAAGCUCUUCAGAGGGCUUUAUAUGUCCCCAGUGUAUGAAAUCUCUUGGCUCUGCUGAUGAACUUUUCAAACACUAUCAGGCAGUUCAUGAUGCUGGUAAUGAUUCAAGUCAUGGCGGAGAGGCUAAUCUUGCUUUGACACGAGAUGAUAUAACACUACUCAGGCAAGAGGUCCAAGACCUACAGGCCUCACUUAAGGAAGAAAAAUGGUACUCAGAAGAAUUAAAGAAAGAAUUGGGAAAAUAUCAAGGGCUACAGCAGCAAGAGGCUAGAUCUGAUGGAUUGGUGGCCGAUUCAUCAGCAGAACUACAGUCUUUAGAACAACAAUUAGAAGAAGCCCACACAGAAAAUUUUAAUAUUAAGCAGAUGAAAGAUUUAUUUGAACAGAAAGCAGCCCAACUUGCUACUGAAAUUGCAGAUAUAAAGUCAAAAUACGAUGAGGAAAGGAGUCUUCGAGAAGCUGCUGAACAAAAGGUGACACAUUUGACAGAAGAAUUGAACAAACAGACAACUGUAAUUCAGGAUCUGAAAACGGAACUGCUUCAGAGACCUGGUAUAGAAGAUGUUGCGGUGCUAAAGAAAGAACUGGUUCAAGUUCAAACGCUUAUGGAUAAUAUGACCUUGGAACGUGAGAGAGAAUCUGAAAAACUCAAAGAUGAAUGCAAAAAGUUACAAUCAGAAUGUGCUAACUCAGAGGCUACAAUAAGCCAGCUAAAGAGUGAACUUGCCAAAGGCCCCCAGGAAGUUGCAGUGUAUGUGCAGGAACUACAGAAACUUAAAAGUUCAGUUAAUGAAUUAACACAAAAAAACCAGAACUUGACAGAACAGUUGCUGAAGAAAGAAUUGGAUUAUACCCACUUAGAGGAGAGGCAUAAUGAAGAAUCAGUGAGUAAAAAGAAUAUACAAGCAACUCUUCAUCAAAAGGACAUGGAUUGUCAGCAGCUUCAGGCAAGAUUAACUGCAUCUGAAACCUCCCUGCAGAGGAUACAAGCAGAACUGAGUGAAAAAGGAGAGGCUACCCAGAAGCUCAAAGAAGAACUGUCAGAAGUGGAGACCAAAUACCAGCAUCUUAAAGCAGAGUUUAAACAGCUACAGCAGCAGAGAGAAGAAAAGGACCAGCAUGGGCUACAGCUCCAAGGGGAAAUUAAUCAAUUGCAUAGCAAACUUUUGGAGACUGAGCGCCAGCUAGGGGAAGCUCAUGGUAGGCUGAAGGAACAGAGGCAGCUUUCUAGUGAAAAGCUGAUGGAUAAAGAACAACAGGUAGCUGACUUACAACUCAAACUUUCUCGUUUAGAAGAACAGUUGAAGGAAAAAGUAACAAAUUCCACAGAAUUGCAACAUCAGUUAGAUAAAUCAAAGCAACAACAUCAAGAGCAACAGGCCCUUCAGCAAAGCACUACAGCAAAACUACGAGAAGCCCAGAAUGAUUUGGAGCAAGUAUUGCGUCAGAUUGGUGAUAAGGACCAAAAAAUCCAGAACCUCGAAGCCUUAUUACAGAAAAGUAAGGAAAAUAUUUCUUUAUUAGAAAAAGAAAGAGAAGAUCUUUAUGCAAAAAUUCAAGCUGGUGAAGGAGAGACUGCUGUUCUUAACCAGUUGCAAGAAAAGAAUCAUACUUUACAGGAACAAGUAACUCAGCUGAUGGAGAAGCUGAAGAAUCAGUCAGAGAGCCAUAAACAAGCUCAGGAGAAUUUACAUGACCAGGUACAAGAGCAGAAGGCACAUCUUCGAGCUGCACAAGACCGUGUUCUUUCCCUAGAAGCCAAUGUUAGUGAAUUAAACAGCCAGCUAAAUGAAAGCAAAGAGAAGGUCUCCCAACUUGACAUUCAGAUUAAAGCCAAAACUGAAUUAUUACUAUCAGCAGAAGCAGCAAAAACUGCUCAAAGAGCCGAUCUUCAGAAUCAUUUGGACACAGCUCAAAACGCAUUACAAGAUAAGCAGCAGGAGUUACAUAAGAUCACCAUACAGUUGGAGCAGCUCAGUACAAAGUUACAAGAAAAACAAGAGCAUUGCAGUCAGCUGGAAAGUCAUCUUAAAGAGUACAAAGAGAAACAUCUCUCUCUAGAACAAAAAACUGAAGAGUUAGAAGGCCAAAUUAAGAAACUAGAAGCUGAUACUUUUGAAGUAAAAGCAAGCAAGGAGCAAGCUUUGCAGGAUCUACAGCAGCAAAGACAGCGGAACACUGAUUUAGAGCUUAGAGCUACAGAACUGAGUAAACAACUUGAAAUGGAGAAAGAAAUGGUAUCCAGUACAAAACUGGAUCUACAGAAAAAGUCGGAAGCCCUUGAAAAUAAUAGACAAACUCUUACCAAGAAAGAAGAAGAAAUUGUUAUUUUAAAACAAGAAUUUGGAAAGUUAAAUCACAAUGCAAAGACACGGAAUGAGGAAUUGAAUAACAUAAUUCAAACAGUAGAAACAGAACUGAAAGAAGUAAAGAUGGAGAAAGAAACUCUGAUGGCAGAACUUUCUACAACAAAGGAAAACUUGUCAAAAGUUUCCAAUUCUUUAGAAAACUCCAAAAGUGAAUUUGAAAAAGAGAAUCAGAAAGGAAAAGCCGCUGUGUUAGAUUUGGAAAAAGCGUGUAAAGAAUUAAGGCAUCAGCUUCAAGUACAGGCAGAAAUUACACUAAAGGAACAGAAUGAACUGAAAAAGUCACUUGAAAAAGAGAAAGAGGCUUCUCAACAGUUGAAGUUGGAACUCAGUUCACUGAAAGGAGAAGUCACACAGACUCAAAAUACAUUAAAACAAAAGGAAAAAGAAGAGCAACAACUUCAGGGGAACAUACAUCAGCUAAAGCAAUCAAAUGAACAGAAGAAAAAACAGAUUGAAGCACUUCAUGGAGAAGUUAAAAGUGCUGCUUCACAAAAGACAGAGCUAGAGAAGAAACUACAGCAGCAGUCAUCACAGGCAGCCCAGGAACUAGCCACAGAGAAAGAGAAAUUCUCAGUGUUACAAAGCACCUAUGAGAACUGUCAGGAGAACUUCAAACAGCUUCAGUCUGAUUUCUAUGGGAAAGAGUCUGAACUUCUAGCGACAAGGCAAGACCUUAAGUCUGUAGAAGAGAAGCUUUCUCUGGCACAGGAAGACUUGAUUUCAAAUAGAAACCAAAUUGGAAACCAAAAUAAAUUGAUUCAAGAACUGAAGACUGCCAAAGCUACUUUGGAGCAGGAUUCAGCAAAAAGAGAACAGCAACUCAAGGAACAGAGUAAAGCACUACAAGAUAUUCAGAAAGAAAAGUCAAUGAAGGAAAAAGAACUAGUGAAUGAAAAAUCUAAAUUGGCAGAGAUCGAGGACAUUAAAUGUAGACAAGAAAAGGAAAUCACUAAACUAAACGAAGAACUUAAGACCCACAAGCAAGAAACCCUAAAGGAAGUAACAAAUCUCAAAGAUGCCAAACAGCUUUUGAUUCAGCAGAAAUUAGAACUUCAAGGCAAAGUAGACUCCCUGAAGGCAGCUCUUGAGCAGGAAAAGAAAAAUCAGCAGAUGCUAAAAGAACAAGUCAAAAAGGAGGAAGAUGAGCUGAAGAAAGAAUUUGUUGAGAAAGAAGCUAAACUGCAUUCUGAAAUAAAAGAAAAGGAAGCAGGAGUAAAGAAGCAUGAAGAAAAUGAGGCUAAGCUUGCUGUGCAGAUCACAACACUGAAUGAAAACUUGGGCACUGUGAAGAGGGAGUGGCAGUCUAGUCAGCGGAGAGUGAGUGAGCUUGAGAAGCAGACAGAUGAUCUGCGGGGUGAGAUUGCUGUCUUAGAAGCAACAGUUCAGAACAAUCAAGAUGAAAGAAGAGCACUACUGGAAAGAUGUCUUAAGGGAGAAGGUGAAAUAGAAAAGCUUCAGACCAAAGUUCUAGAAUUGCAAAGAAAGCUGGAUAAUACAACUGCAGCUGUACAGGAGCUGGGCAGGGAGAACCAAUCCCUCCAGAUCAAACACACUCAAGCACUGAAUAGAAAGUGGGCUGAAGACAAUGAAGUACAAAACUGUAUGUCCUGUGGGAAAACCUUUUCGGUCACAGUGAGACGGCAUCACUGCCGACAGUGUGGAAAUAUCUUCUGUGCUGAGUGUUCAGCCAAAAAUGCCUUAACUCCUUCUUCCAAGAAGCCUGUGCGUGUCUGUGAUUCAUGUUUCAAUGACUUGCAAGGAUAAUAGGUUACCACAACUGCAGAGUAAUAUUAUACUAACAUUAAAUUUUUAAUAGAUAUGCUGAAUGGAAGUCUUGGAGUGCUCUUUGAUUUGGACUCUGGUUGCAUAAUAGAUCAAGUUGGAAUUCUUAUAUUUUGGAAUGUUAUCAAUAUCAAGUAAAACUCUUCUAUUUUUGUGAGACUUGGGUCCAUCUUUUGAUUAGUUUUUUCCAUUUAACUCCUGAAACAGCUUUCAUGCCAAGGUUAGAGUUAGCCAAUGACAUGUAUAUAAACUUUGGACAGAAAAUAGCAAUGUAUUUUUUUAAAUAUAAUUUCAUUGUUCACAAAUGAUAAACCAAUUCCUUAGCUUCUUUCUCUCAGAUUAUAUGUACAACUGUACAUGGAUGAUUGUUACCACUUGUUGCUGUUUUUAUUGCAAAUGUUAAUUCUAUUAAAUAUUCUCUUUGUGGAGUCAUACAAAGGAAUAUAACAAUUCCUAUGUUUUUAUCAUUUAUAAGUCUAUAGCUCAGUUACAUUGUUAAUGUUACUACUUGAGUGUUCCAAAUACAGUUUAUGUUAAAAUAAUGUACAUGAGUUCAAACAUGGUUUUUGUUUUAACAGUAUUGAUUAAAUUUUUGAGUAGAUUUGAUGAAACCUUCUGUAAAAUGAAUUUGUUUACUUUAUGGUAACCCUGGGGCUGUACAAUUUUAAAUUUAGGGUUACUUUGUAUUUUUCUGUCUCAUUUUCAGACUCCCACAUACUGACCUUUAAUCUUAUAAAAGUUUCCACCCUCACCCUCAGUUGGAGGAUGGAUAAUAGAACUGUAUAAUGGUCCCAUUCCUGUUUAUGUGUUAGUGGGGAGUCUUCUAAGAUUAGCCCUCACACUACAGCCUUAUUUUGUUUCUCAAAAGCUUCAGGAAUUUUGCUUGUUAAAUGAAUCUGCUUCUUUUCCUAAUACUGUUCAACCAUCACAGGCAUAGCUUGGCUUCACAGUGAUUGUUUUUGCAGUUUAACAUUCUUAAAGCUAGUAACUGAUACUACUAUUGUCCUAUCUGAAAAUGAUAUAAAAUGUUCUAUUUUAGACUUCUUUUUGCCUCAUAGGGAUAAAGUUUUAAGGUUGGCUUCAUAUGCUUCUGACCUGGGGUUCCAGAGUAACUAGGAAAUCUUUGAACUUUGCAAAAAUAAUGUUGUGCAGCUACUUUUACCUACUAGCUAAAGGAUAGACUAUCUAUAGCCCCAAAACAAAUAUUCUUAGGAAGUCCUAAAUUAUGAUUAAAAACUGACACAGACUUGUUAAGCACCAUAAGAAUCAUUUGUCUGCUUACUGAUGGAAUUGAAUUUUCAGAGUCUUAUAAAUUUGGAAAUUUGGAAAGCAUUUGAAGACAGAAGUCACUGUAUAUUGGUUUUUUAGUUAUGUUUCAGGAGAAGAAAUGUAAAGAUAUACAUUAAAUCAGUGUAAUUAAUUAUGUAAUAAUAAUAGAGAAAAUGAAAGCUAAUAUUUCAUUUAUAAGACACAUUUGUUUUCAGAUAUCAUGCUGAAAUGUUCACAUUUAUGUCAUACUUUUAACAUACCAACAAGAGACUGACAUAUAUUAUUUAAUUAUUAACACAAAGUUAAACCCUGUUGUCAGGAGCUGCUAAGGGUACUGAUUAAGUCUCUGGGCUUGGAUAAGGAUAUGUCCUUGAGCUUUUAUUAAUGAAGCAAUGCAAUGGCUCUUUCUUAAAAAUAAUAGUUGGAUAGUAUAAACUGAGGUAUUCAUACACUUUAUGUAAUUGUAAAUCCUUUCAAGUAGUCCUAAUUCUAUACUAUUUUUUUACAUAUAAGUAGCUUGAAAUAUGUCUUUAAAAUGCAAAUAUUCACAGCAUCACUUCAUGAGAUUUCUGUACUAAAAUAUUUGUUCAUUUAAUCCUGUAAUUGGGCACACUGAAGAGCUUCUCUCGCCCCCUCCCCAGUUCACAAAAAAUCUAGGGUGGCGGGGCAUGACAACAAAUACUUUUAGGUGAUUUUCUUGCUCUCACCAGCUGAUCUCAUGUCAUAGGUCCCAAAUAGUUUUCCUACCAUAGGCUACUCUAUUAAUGUCACAAAUGAAGCCAAAUGUUUUUCUUUUCCUAGUAACCCUUACCAAUUUAAUAUGCAUCAGGAACAUUAAAGUUUUAUUUUCUCAUUUAAUUUAAAAAGUCCUCUUCUGAGUUCUUUUUGGCUACACAUUUUAGAUGUUUGUGGGUACUGUUGUUUUGUUGGUGAGUUAGAGCUGGCACAUACAGAGUCCCAGUUCUUGGCUGUAAUGUAAAAUGUUUUAAGCAUCAGGUGUUGGCGACUGCAAAUCCCAGCACAGAAAUGUAAGUUAAAAUCAAGUCUUGCUGGGUUAGUAUACAAUGAACUGUACUUAAAGAAUUGUUUUAAUAGAAAUCAAACAAAGCUGCUGAUAUAGGGCUUGUUCCUUUUGAGGAAAGAAAAGAAGGAAACAAACACAAAAACCUCAGUGCAGUGUACAAAUAACAUUUUGUUCAACUACCUCUUAAAGUGGAAUUAGCUAGUUAUAAUAGUUUCCUUAUAGUAAUGUUAAAUAGUAACUGCCAAAUUUAUUUUCCUGUCCCUCUUUAAAAGUCUUUAUGAUUAUUUUAUAUAGUUUUGAGAUCUUUAAGGCCACUUUUUAAAUCUUGCAUUUGCAUAAAAUGUUUAGCUUCUAAGUGGAGAGCAAAUCAUGGUCAUAUAUUUUGAUAUUUGUGACCUGUUUGCCUAGGCAGUUUUUUAAAAUGCACUUUGGCUAUAAAAACCGUGUAUAACUUGAUCUAUAAGAUUUAAAUGUGCCAUCAAUUUAAUGUUCCUAGACAUGUAGCUUGAUGAAUGAUAUUCUGUAAUUAUAAUGUGCCACAUAUUGCCGUGUCUUAAUGCCAUUUGCCUGAAUUUUAAUGAUCAAUUUGUUAAUGUUUCAGAUGUGAAUAUUGUGUAUAAACUUACUGAAUUUAUGUAAAAUUGUGUAAAAUAGAAUUGAAUAUCACUACAUUCUUUCUGAGUAGAAGUAAUGAACUUACUGUAACAUGAUACAGUUGUAUCUGACAUUUUGUGCUUUGAAGUAGAUCAUCUGUCCAUGGCUUCUGUACAUACAUUUGCAUGAAUAUUUUGUCAUUUAAUUUUGGGAUUCAUUAUUUAUAUUGUGUUUACUACUUGUGAUCAUGUAGUUGUGCCUUAUUUUGUGAGAGAGGUUACUCAGUAAAUACUGUAAUUUCUAAUCUGGGUGAUUAGAAAGUUAUUGAUUAUAAAUAGAAUUGAUAAAUUACAAGACAGCAUUUAAAUCUGUAUAAAGAAUAAUGGAAGGAUCCUUACUGAAUUGUCACUUCUUUUUUUAAUAUGUUAAAGAUGAUAUUAAAGAACAUUUCUUUCUAGCAGA